ACAGUAACUUUUUUGACAGCACAGCUGGUGUAAUUUUUUUCAUACAAAAAAUCAUUUCUCAAUUUUACUCUGAUUUUAAGUGAAAAAAGUGUCCUUUUCGGGAUGUCUGUGAUGUGCAAGUGGUGCCUGGUGAAAUUCCCAAGUGGGGAGUUGCAUUUGGCACAUUGUCGAACGGACUGGCAUCAUUUGAAUAUGAAAAGAAAAUUGGCAGAAAUGCCACCACUGAGCCACAAGGAAUUCACGUUGAAGAUGAAGAAUGAGAAGGAGGCGGAGGAUUCAAAGAAAACCCGGGAUGUCCUGUACUGUACGGCAUGCAAGAAGAAGUUUGCGUCGAAAGUGGCAUACGACAAUCAUGUGCAGUCCAAUAAACACAUUAGGAAUGUUUCUGUUUCCGAGGAGGAAGACCACGAGCCAGUCAUUGUGAAGAAGCCUGUCAAUGUACCGGAGAAACCUGUCGAGAGUCAGGAUAUUGACGAUGAAUGGGAUGAUUUGAGUGAUAUGGAUGAAUUGGAGGAUGUUGAUCCGACAAUGUGCAUCUUCUGUUCGCUGGUUCAUGAGAAUCUGUCCCACAAUAUCAGGCAUAUGGCAGAGGUGCAUUCCUUCUUCAUUCCGGACGUUGAAUUUUGCAGUGACAUUGGAGGACUCGUGGGCUAUUUAAUUGUGAAGGUCCAUAAGGAUUUUCUCUGUCUGUGGUGUCCAGAAUCAGCCAAGGGUUUCACCUCAAUUGAUGCUGUGCAGAAGCAUAUGAGAGACAAGGGACACUGCAUGAUGCGUUUUGAAGGGGACGUUGUGGAGGAAUAUGAAUAUUUCUAUGACUACAGUUCGACAUAUCCCGAGGGAGAUCCUGAACAACCAAUUCCUGAAAAGACUCCGAUCUCAGGAGAUGAGUUUCAACUUGUCCUGCCUUCUGGCAAUGUCAUUGGCAAUCGGUGUUUAGCAAGGUACUACAAGCAGAGAUUCAAUUCUCUGGCCCUGGCCGUGGUGCCCAAGAAGAGACACUCCAAGAUGUACCUGAAGCAGCUCAUGGGACCUGCUACUCAGGCCCAGAGUCGACGUAAUGUGGCCAAGUGGAAUAGGCAGUACACAAAGUGGUACAUGCAGCUGGGUACAAAGGCCAAUUCUCUGCAGAAACACUUCAGAGUUCAAGUCAAUUUUUAAUUGAAAGAGUUUUAUCCGGGAAUCUAUGCAAAUUUGCAUUGCAGAUAAGAAAUUGUUGACUCUGUGGAAAUUGAUCAAUAAAUGCAAACUGAUUAAAAAAAAA